GCUGGUUUCUCUUCGUCACCACCUACAACAGUGUGGAGAGUGCUGGUAGUAGCGACACUUGUGUUGUCUAGCACUGAUGUGCUAGAACACUUUACGCACUUGUGUUGUUAGAUAGCGAGACUAGUGAGGUGUGUGCGUGUCUCAGCCUAAAGGCUGGUUGGACACAGGUGUGUUUCUGCCUGAAGGUUGCUCGGACACAGGUGUGUUUCUGCCUGAAGGUUGCUCGGACACAGGUGUGUCUCUGCCUGAAGGUUGCUCGGACACAGGUGUGUGUCUGCCUAAAGGUUGCUUGGACACAGGUGACGCCUCUUUCGGGGAACAACUCACAUUAUGAUGUCCUAUCGUUGGGUGGGAGCGACAAUGUUGGUGGUGGUGGUGAUGAUGGUGGGUGGUGCUGAGGGUGAGUGUCAAUGGGUCUCCUGGGUCAACAGUGACUGUGUCCAGGACAUACUGUGCUCCUCUCAGGGCAACAGUCUUGACAUAUGGGAAGACUGUCAGUCUGGCGAUAAACUCAUCACUUACAAUGGUUCAGAGACAGUGAGUGUGGGGUCGUGUGAGUAUCUCUCAGUAACUGAUAAGACACUGUACCUCAAAAAAACCUUCGACGCUGAGGCAGAUAAUGUCUACAUAAGACACUGUGAUGACAUCGUAAUUGGUGAUACGACCUUCAUUAUAUUUAACGUUCUGGAUGUCAAUGAAUUUAACCCCACUCCCGUGGAUCAAGGUCAAACUUUUGAAAUUCGCGUCAACGAGGAAGAGGCGCCAGCAACUAUUGCCACUGUAACAUACACAGAUAAUGACUGGGGAGAAACUGAACAGUUAGACUGGGUAAUGACUUCAAUUCAAUAUUCCGACAAGUUCUCAAUGGAGAAGGAAUAUGAUGCUAAUAAGGGGAUGACGUUCAUUCUGAAGAACUCUCAACCUCUGGAUUACGAGGAACUUAUGUUCUACCAACUGACUUUCAACAUUAUUAGUACUGAUGGGAGAAAGACUCUUAAAUCAGUGAUCCAGACCAUAUUGGUCUCCCUAGAUGACAUUGGAGAUAAUCCUCCUUACUGGAUAAAUUACAUUCCAUCCUAUAAUUUAGAGGAGUGUGGCCCAGAUACAGCAAUGUUCAAGGUGGAGGCCAAGGACAGAGACGUAGCCAUCAACAAUGACAUCCAGUACAGCAUUACCAGUGAGGACAGUGAUCAAUACUUCUCCGUUGAUGCAAUUGACGGAAAUUUGAAAACCAUCCAAAACAUUGAUAGAGAGAAGCUGGCGGAACAGGAAAUUACAUCGUUCACGCUGGAGAUUACUGCUAUGGAAUAUAAAGACGGGGAGCCUGUUGAUCUUGGAAGUGACUUGACUAAGAAUACCCAGGUUACAAUAAUUUACAUAACAGAUGUUAACAACAAGAUUCCAACAUUCAAUGAUAAUACCUUUGCUACCACCAUUCCUGAGCUGAGCACUGAGAGGGUCGUACUGGAGCUGGAAAUUUUUGUUUAUGACAUGGAUGAGGGUGAAAAUGGUCACUAUACACUAUCCACUGACAGCGACAGUCUCGAGGUUAGUCCAACAGACAGCAGAGGUAACACAACCAUUACUCUCACUGCUGUCUGGAACCAUGGUCAAAACUUUGAUUAUGAACAACACAAAGACUCGCAGCUGGACUUCACAGUCACUGCCAAAGAGACCAAGAAUUCGGCUCACCGCCAUUCCAUCACAAUUUCUAUCACCCUGACUGACAUCAACGAUAACACACCCACCUGUACACCGUCCAGUUUUACAGUUCCAGAAGCCGAAUAUAGCAGUUAUUUCAUUACCACAGUGUCUGCGACCGAUAGCGAUGUCUCGCUCGAGUAUGGAACAGAGAGUAUCAGGUACUCGCUAAAGUCAUGUCCAGAACUUAAUAUUAACGAUACAUCUGGGAGUGUGACGCUGGUAGCGAAGCUGGACUUCGAAGAGAAUCCUGUUGUCACUUGCACCGUGGAAGCUCGGGAUGAGUACGGAGCCUUGGAUGGUAAUGCAGGAACCUGUGACAUCGAACUGCUAGUGGAAGAUGUUGUGGAUGAACCUCCAGAAUUCACACAUGAAACAGUCAGUAUGUCAGUGGUUGAGAACAGUGAUCAAGGGACGCUCUUGGACACAGUCGAGGCGCAUGACAAGGACGCAGAUGCCAGCAUCAGUUUCAGUAUUGACUGGGAUGCUUCAGAGGCUUUUAAGGAUGGAGAAAAGGUUGAUGUUAAUUUAAUUACAAAAUGGUUUACCAUAGACACAUCUGAAACACCCAGUUCAGAAAGCAGCUACUACUUGGCGGAUAUAAAAGUCGGUGAAAAUUCAAUUGAUCGGGAAGUAGUGGACUCGGUUAAUUUGAAGAUUGUUGCUGUAGACGAGAACACAAAAGUGAAUUCUAAAAGCACCUCAGCAAUGGUCUCGAUCACCAUCAACGACAUGAACGACUCUCCUCCGGUCUUUAAAGAUCCGGGCUCGAAUUCCGUCCCUGAAAAUUCCCCUCCAGGUACUCCGGUCCUGACUGUUGAAGCCAGUGAUCCGGACGUGGAUGACACCAUUACCUUCUCCAUUAAUGAUGACACGUACAUGUACCUGGGCGACACUACUGUUGUUAAUGGCGCAUUCAGAGCAGAGAUUUUAGUGUAUGACACAAAUAUCGACAGAGAGAGUAUUGCAGAAAUCAUCGUCACUGUAACAGCUAAGGACUCUGCCGGUCAUACUCAAUUACUUAAAAUUACCAUUACUGUCGAAGAUCUAAAUGACAAUAAACCCGUAAUGGAACCAGAUAAUUGUGAUGUUGAUGUGCCGAUACACGUAAAAGAAAGCGAGAAUAAUGGAUACUACGUAACAACUGUCCGAGCAACAGAUGCUGACAAGGAAGAGCCGCACAACUCGGUCAGUUAUGCUCUGCUCAACGAACAACUCUCCGACACACAAAACCGUCGGUUGCCCUUCAUGUUGGAUCCUCUCACUGGUAUAGUAACUGUGAACGAAACCAAAGGUAUCUUGGACCGUGAAGAAUACCCAAGGUGGGAACUCACCUUCUACGCCUACGAUGCCUGUAAAACCUACGACAGUAACUGCAAAGUGCAACAAAGUGAUGACUGCCUUGUAGUCAUCAUUGUGGACGAUAUUAAUGACGAAUUUCCUCAAAACUUUGACUGGUCCCCCAAGGAUGACCCUGACCAUCUUCAUGCGACUGAGCUUUUGAACGAGGGCUCAGAGGUGACAUCGGACGGCGUCACCCCUUACAGGAUUACUGCUCGUGAUGAUGACGAACCAAAUACAAACAAUAGUCAAAUUACCUUCGAGGUGUUAAGAGUUACAAACGUAAAUACAGGUGAAGAGUCCCAGAUGUUCCAAGCUGUUAGCAGCUACUGGGAUAAUGCAGGCGAAACACAGUAUUUCUGCACGCUGAUUACAACGAUAAAUAUGACCGGACUUAAAGGCCUCUACGAUAUUGAAAUAAUGGGAAUAGAUCACGGAACUCCGCCUCUAAACGGAACUUAUAAUAUAAACAUGGUCAUUACAGACGCAAAUGACCAUGUACCCACGUUUCACUUCGACACCUGCUCUGUCGACAACGAGAUUCCGACAAUAGUUAUGGAAGAGAAUGAGGUGAAGAGCGGCGACGCAAUAGGCUGCCGGAGCGACACUGGAGACACAGUCUUGUUGAAGAUUUCAGUGACUGAUGAAGACGAUAAUGAAAACAGCCAAGUCACUGUGGAGAUUGAUUAUGAUGCAUCAACAGUUGAUGGAGCAACUGAUGGUGAAGGGCAGAAGCGAUCAUUCCAAAUUAAGGAAGGUUAUGGCACUUCCAGUUCGCAUGCCAUUUAUGUUAUCAGAGUAACCGAAGAAAUUGACAGGGAGAGAGGAUCAGCAUACAAUUUAUCCCUGCAUGCUAUUGACAAUGGACAACCGCAACUAGAAAGCUUCACAACUGUUCAAGUGGUCGUCACAAAUGUCUUCGAGAGUCCCCCUUAUUUUUGUAUCCUAGGACCGUGUAUGCAGACGCUCUAUAUGACUGAAAAUGACCCUAAUGUUAAUGCAACAUUCCUUAAUGCUACCGAUGAAGAUAAUACCAAUGUUGAUGACCCUAACUCUCCAAAUUACGACACCGUCCACUAUGAAAUUAUUGGAGGCAAUGUUGACGACUUUGAACUUGUUAAAAACACCGUAACAGAACUCAGCUUAAAGAAUAAACCCAAUGGUCUCGACCGUGAAUCUAAGUCGGAAUAUCAAGUUCAAAUCCAGACGUAUAACAAGGAGGAAGACAAGAUACAAUCAACAAACAACACCCUGGAGGUGACAAUACUGGUGCAGGACAUGAAUGAUAAUGCACCAGUGUUCAAUGACAGUAUGAUAUUUGCAAGUUUUACCGAAAAUGACAACAUAGGCAAGCCUAUUGCUACUGUAGAGGCUUGGGAUAGGGACUUGAAUGAGACGCUGACGUACAGCCUUAUCAAUGACUUUGAGUGGUCUGAUACCAACAUCAACUCAACAUACAACUUCGGCAUUGAAAAAGCGGCUAACAACACCGCCAGGAUUCUACUCAACUUUAAUCCCCUCGGAAUAAAUGAAGGAUACUGCAGAUUUACCAUCAAUGUUCUUGACUCAGAUAAUCAUAAAGGUAAUACUACUGCUAAAGUGUAUGCCAUUACAAAGACCUACGAAUUGCCUGUCUACUUUAAAAAUAACUAUGAGGAUGUAAUAAGCAAUCGGGUACAAGUCGAAGGGAUUUUCACAAUGGCAUAUGGAUAUCAGUGCAUCAUUGAUAGCAUAGCACAGAGCACAGAUGAUCAAGGGGAAACCACUGUUCUUAUGCACUUCAUCGACACUUCUACUGACACUCCAGUCACUGUCAAAGAUAUUCUUGAUGCUACUAAUGAUGGCCAGGUCGUUACCCAACUCCUGAAAAACUUGAAUAACAUUAAACUCGAUUUAAAAUCUAUUGGAACUGUCAUAGCAGAUGGCAGUGAUCAAGAUCAAAAACUACUUAUCUUACAAGUGCUGCUUGGAGUGGUGUCCCUGGUGUUAGGCUCGCUGGUCUUCCUUCUGAUCACUGUCUACUGCCUCAGGACCAGGAGUUUGGAGCGUCGAGUGAAAGUUUUGUCAACGAACACUUUUGGUUCUCAGUCUUCAGAUAUAAACAGGAUUGGCAUGGGGAUGGCAGCAGUUCCUGGAAGUAAUAAAUUUGCAGGUGAAGGAGCAAAUCCCAUGUACAAUAUGCCUGAAACCAACAUAAGAAAUGAUGAUUCAAGCAGCAUUGGUAGUGGUGAUUCUGUACUGGUGGGUGUUGAGGACAAUCCUGAAUUCAAGAAUUACAUGAUCCGGCAGGAUUUAGACAGUGGUUUAGACAACCCUGCCUUCAGUCGUACCAUUGAUGAGGUCUCUGUACCAGCAGGUCUGAGUGGAGGUCCCAGGACCAACCCGCUCCUGCAGAUGCAGCUGGGUGCAGAGGAUCAUGACCUGGCUGAUGGUUUAGCAGAGCUUGAUUUUGCCACAAGACAUUCAUCAAGUGGUUCGGAGGACACCUCAUUUCAUGAAAAUUUAAAUUCCAACUUUUCUUUUGGAAACUAGAAAUGGUGAGCUAGUGUUGACUACAGGAGGGCCCUGAUUAUACAGCAAGUUAGGUUCUGAGCUGCUGCUGUAAAACAAAAACCACUGUAAAGUGAGUUUUUUUUUCUUUCAAAUGCAUGUAAAAGCCUGAAAACAUGUUUACACUAUCAUUAUGUGAGCAGUAGAACCCCAGUGGAAGUAAGUUACUCGGACUUUUUUGGGUUAUCCUAGGUACUUUACACGUAUGCUGCUAUGUAUGAUAAUCUAUGUAACUGUAUUUGUGUAUACCUGAAUAAACUUUACUUAUUUACUUACUUAAUAGAGAUAGGCCUAAUAACUGCAUAUACAGCACACACAUUACUUACCUUAAAAUAUUUUCGUCUUUAGCUUAUAGUGGUGAAUAUAUUUAUUGUAGAAAGUCUGAAUAAAUGAAGAAUGGGUAUAAUUAAAAACCUUUGCAUUAGUAAAACUCUCUAAGACAGGGCCCAUUUUUUUUUUUUAACACAUCUGCCAUCUCCCACUGAGACAGGGUGACCCAGAAAAGCAACACUUUCACCAUCAUUCAGUAUAAUCACUGUCUUUGCAGAGCCAGUAUUCCAAGCCCCUUCUCUAAAGUGCAGACAUUGUGCCUCCCACCUCUAGGACUCAAGUUCAGCUAAUCGGUUUUCCUGAAUCCCUUCACAAAAUAUUACUUUGCUCACACUCCAACAGAUCGUCAGGUCCCAAAGGCCAUUUGUCUCCAUUCACUCCUAUCUAACAUGCUCACACACAUGCCUGCUUCAAGUCCAGGUUCCUUGCACGCAAAACCUCUUUUACCCCCUCCCUUCAUCCUUUCCUAGGAUGACCCCUGUCCCUCCUCCCCUCUACUACAAAUUUAUACACCCUCCAAAUCAUUCUAUUUUGCUCCAUCCUCUCUAAAUGAUCGAACCACCUCAAUAACCCCUUUUCAGCCCUCUGAAUAAUGCUUUUUGUAACUCCACACCUCCUCCUAAUUUCCACACUGCGAAUUCUCUGCAUAAUAUUUACACCACACAUUGCCACAUCUUCACUACCUCUAGCCUCCUCCUUGCUGCAGCAUUUACAACUUAUGCUUAACACCCACGUAAGAGUGUUGGUACCACUAUUCUCUCGUACAUUCCCUUCUUUGCCUCCAUGGAUAACGUUCUUUACACCUCAUCUGUGUAUCUCACUGUAAUGUACAGGUGUCCUUGCUUAAAGCAACAGAUGUGUUCCUGACCCACAAAGCAACCCUAAUGGGACUAGUUCUUAGAUUUUGUAAAUUCAACAUUUCUUGACCAGCAAUUAUCAGAAAAUGAGCUUACAUUAUUAUUAUACUACUAAUAAUCAAAUAGUGUUAAAUCUGAAUGGGUCAUACAGCACUUGAGCUUAAUGCAUGCACCAAUGGUCACAUACAAAAAGAAAAGAAAGAAUUUGGUCAAAAAAUUUCAGUCAUAAUGCCUAUAUUAUUAUAAUAAUUAUUAUCCAGAAAGCUGAGGAGAGGUAACUGAGGUGGGUUGGACAUUUAGAAAGGAUAGAGCACAAUAGGAUGACUUGGAAGGUUCAUAAAUCUGAAGUGGAGGUGGGUAGAGAUUGUCCUAGGAAAGGUUGAAGAGGGGGUAAAGGAAGUUUUGUAUGUGAAGGUCUUGGACAUCCAACAGGCAUGUGUGUGUGUUAGAUAGGAGUAAGUAGAAACAAGUUCUUUUUAUGACUUGAUGUGUUGGUGUAGUAUGAGCCAAGUAACUCUCAUAAGGGAAACCAAUUGGCCAGACUCAAGUCCUGGAGUUGGAAAGUACAUUACCAGCACUCUGAAGGAGAGGUGGGAAUACUGUAGUUUGGAGGGGCAUCUGAACUGUAGUACUGGUGCACCUCUGGCAAGAUAGUGAUCGAGUGAGUAAUUGUGAAAGUAUUUUCUUUUUUGGGUCACUCUACUUCAGUAGGAGAUGGCUGGUAUGUUAAAAAAAAAAAGAUUAUGGGGCAUGAUAAAACCAUCAUAAUGGCUAUCUUAGUAUUAUUAUUACUAUAAAUAUGGGGGGCACUAAAACCAUCAUAAUGUCUGUAUACAAAUAACCCACACAUAGGAGAGAGAAACUGAUGACAUUUCAGUCCAACUUGGACCAUUUUCAAGAUAGUGUGUGACUUGUAAAUGGUCCAUAUAGGACCAAAAUGUCCUCAUAAGCUUCUGUCUCCUGUGUGCAGGUUGUGUUUUUUGGUCCAGUCGCAGUAUAGUGCCUUUUUGUUCAUGCCUAUAAAAUAAAAUUUUUUUUUUUUCCAAAAAAUUACAAGUACCCCAGAAAGGCACUAAAUGGCUAUGUGCUAAACAUAAAUGCAGUUAGGAAAAAAUGAAGAGAAAAAAAAUGAAAUCAUGAUCCACAUCCCUUUUACCCUCCCUCCUAUAUCAACUAGCCAUUCUUUUUCUUGAUUGAAGUGUACAUGUCAUAAACCUUUGAUAUACCUUUAAUAAGUUCCAAGUUCUACUCUGGGAGCCCAGCCAUGGGCCAGGCUCAUCUGGUGCUUGCCUGGUCAAAUAGGCUGUUGCUGCUGCCCCACAUAUCCAUCACAGCCUGGUUGAUCUGGCACCCAUAGUCUUGAUUCUGUAACAGUACAACCCAGCUUUGUCUGAUAGGGUAUCCAUUUUCUUUUGACUUGCCAAAAGACACAUUAAACCGAAAACCAACCAUAGGAUUCUGUUCAAAAUAUGCUCAUUGGAUUUCUUGUGACCAAAUCAUUUAUUUCUAAUGUUUGUCUAUAUAGUAGGACCCCUGUAUCCAUGGAUUCUGUAUCCACUGUUUACUGUGGCCCAAAAAUAACCCUUAUUUUGCUUAAUAAUGGCCCCAAAGUGCAAAAGUGGUGAUGCUGACAGUUCUUCAAAGUCUAAGCCGUGAAAUGCUUCCCAUCAGUGAAAAAGUGAUAAUUCUAGACUUAUUUUGCUUAAUUUAUCAAUUCAACUUUAUCAUAGGUAUGUAUGUAAAGGAAAAAUGACUUGUAUAUAGGGUUCACUACUGUCCAUGGUAGGUCUUGGAUUAUAUACCCUGUUGAUAUGGGGGGACUACUGUAUAAACCAGUUGAUAGGAUGAGCGAGUUAACACCACAGUGAAUUACUGGUAGAAAUGGGGUGACCAUAUAAAAUUGAAUUAGCAAAACGUAAACCACAUACAGCGAGAAAAAUCCAUACAUGCAUUUAUUUUUGUGUAAAAACACGUAUGACUCAAAACCACUUCCAGAAACAUAUUAAUUUUAUUGGCAUGAAAAACAGUGGGAUAACUUUGGGCUCUAUUUUAUGAAUUAAUUCACAAAAGGACAAAAAAUUAAGAGGAGUAUACUUACAAAUAUGUACUGCACAUCAGUGUUUAAGUACUGUAUGUACAUAUAAAAUUUCAGAUCAUGAAGCUGACAGACAUUUUAUGUUUUUCCUUAAAACACACUGGCCAUGUCCCACCAAAGUAAGAUGAUCCAAGAAAGGAAACACAGUCACCAUCAUUCAUUCCAUAGCUCUUGCCAGAAGUGUGCAGGCAGCCUGUUAUUGAAAAUAUUUUGAUUGCUUGGCAUACUGUGAAUGUUACUAAGGAUACUUCUGUCUAUUUGUAUUUUGCCCAAAUCCAUAAUAGUACUGUAUUGUAUAUGGAUUUAGUAUAAGUAUUAUAUUGAUUUAUGUUUUAGUGUAAUACUGUUGUUUUUAUAUUUGGCUGUUGUGGCAAUCAGUUAUUUAUCAUGGAAAAUACAUUAGUUGUGAAAACCAAUUGUUAAUCACAAAAAUUAGUCUGUAUUUUAUAACAAUGUAUAUUUUUUUUUUAACAUGCCGACCAUCUCCAACCGAGGCAAGUGACCAGAAAAAGAAGUAACGCUUUCGUGAAGUUUUUCUUUUUACAUUUGGUAAUGUAUACAGGAGAAGGGGUAACUAGCCCCUUGCUGCCAGCAUUUUAGUCACCUCUUAUGACACUCAUGGCUUAUGGAGAAAGGAUUCUUCUCCACUUCACCAUGGAGAAUACAGUAUAUGCAUAUAAUUAUUAGCACUAGGUUACACCUUAUGUCAUUAGUUGAUAAUGAGAAUAAACACCUGCAAAAUGCGGUGCCUUCAA